AUGGCAGGUACCAAUCUACGAGCCACGCUCGUAGCGCUCUUCGCCAUCUUCUUGGCGUCCACCUACGGGCCGGACGUGUAUCGGUGCCUCAAAACCGUCGGCCUCCUCCGCAAGCUCGAGAACACCGCCGUCGCGAGCUCGGCAGAUUUUGUCCGGAUCGAGGACACGGCGCAAUGCGAAGACGUCCAUCUCCAUGAGCCUAGCGGUCUGCUGUUCACCGCCUGCGAGGAUACCAUUGUGCCGCGAUCGAAAUGGUUCCCGCCGUUGGCGAAUUUCGACGAUCCGAGCAUUGCAGCAACUUCUCAGGGCUCUAUUCAUGUCAUCGAUCCAAAGACCUUCAAGUCCCAAAGGCUCGCUAUCGACAACUUCAACGGCCCCUUCAUUACCCACGGCUUUGACAUAGUCGCCGACCCCGAGCAGCCCGAGGACGCCGUCUACAUAUUUGCCGUCAACCACGUCCCCAACCCGGAAUACGUCGCCGCCAAAGCUUCCAAGGAAGGCUCCCAGGACCCCAACACAAUCCCCGAUAAGGCGCAUUCUCGUAUCGAGCUCUUCCACUACGUCAUUGGCGACUCGUCGGUGAAGCACGUCCGCACAAUCAGCCACCCUCUGAUUCAGACGCCCAACGACGUAUAUGCGCAGAGUCCAAACUCCAUCUUCGUCACCAACGAUCACUACUAUCGGGAGGGCCAUAUGCGUGCUGUUGAGGACUUGCACUACCGAGCGAAGUGGUCUACGACGAUCCAUCUGCAAAUAUCUGAGCUCGAAUCGUCUGAUGCAACCGCCGGCGUCACGGGGAGAGUAGCGGCAGAAAACCUCCACAAUAACAACGGCCUCGGUCACGGUCGAACUCCCGACGAGAUCCUCAUCGCCAGCUGUGUCAGCGGCACGAUGCACAUCGCCAAGCUGCCCGCCGACCCGACCACUUCCAACAUCACAGUCGUGGAGGACGUCAUCGUCGACACCAUCGUCGACAACCCCAACUAUUUCGCCGACCCGUACGCCAAGAGUACCGGCGAGAAUAAGAGCGGGUACUUGCUGCCCGGCCUCUCUCACGCCAUCAACAUCGGGCAUAAUAUCCACGAGGCCGAGGCUGUGGACGGCGCCAUGGUGUACUUUGCGCAGAAGGAUCCUGCAGUCCCUGGGGGCUGGAAGAAGAGGCUCAUUUUUGCGGAUGAUGGAACGAGGCUUCGGUCUGUGAGCGCGUCGCUGAUGGUUGCGAUCGAUCCGGCGGAGAAUGAUGGGAAGCGGCAGGCUUGGUUGUUUGCUACCGGGUUCGUGUCGAGCAACAUGAUUGCUGUCAAGGUGGAUCUUUAA